AUGGAGAUCGAAUUAAAUGAAUUAUUUCAAUGUAAACUUUGUCAUGGAUAUAUUACACAAGCAACAGUUAUCAAUGAAUGUUUACAUCGAUUUUGUAAAUCGUGUAUAGUAAUUUACUUUCAAAGUAAAUCUGUUUGUCCAAUAUGCAAUUUAAAUAUAAGAAAUCCAUGGAAUUCAUUAAAAUCAGAUGUGAUGUUUCAACGUUUAAUUUACAAAAUGUUUCCAUCCAUAUUAGAACGCGAAAUUACUGAUCAUUCAACAUUUAUUAAAAAAUCAUCAAACAUUUUUAAUAUUGAUAGUUUAACAAUUCACUGUGGAACAACGAUAGAUGUUUAUCUUGAAUAUUGGGAUUUAGCCUCUGAACUUUUGCCUGUUGAUUGUGAUACAUCUCCAAUAUCAACUUUACCGUCAUGUUACUUACAUUGUGCAGUCACUUUACCAAUUCGACUCGUUGAAAAAUUUAUAAGAAUGAAACAUAGCAUUGGACCAACAUUAAAAAUUGAUUUAUUUUAUAAAACAUAUUUAUUGGAUUUAAAUGAACGUCUUAUUGACGUAUGUUACUGUUACAAUCAAAUGCACAAGAGACGUUCUCUCGAUGUCAGAUUUGUUAUUAGUCAAAAAGGCUAUUUAGCCAUUAUUCAAUAUUUACGAAAACAAAAUUUUGUAACUGCACAACAAAGCGAACAAGAACAGGAUACUGCACGAUCAUUACGUCCACGACUAUCGUCGACUGUUGAAACAAAUCGUACGCCUAAAGCGACUCGACGACAAUCGAUUACUACUGGACCCACAGCACGACGUUCUGUUCGUAAUCGAACAUUAAACGAUGAACAACCGUGUAUUGCUGUCGAACGUUUUAUUGAAGAUCCAGUGAUAGAAGAUGACGAAUUAACACCAUUACAUAUUGAUACAACACGAACUGAAUUAUCAGUACAUUCUCCAAAAAAUGUUGAUGCUGAAAUUACUUCUAUAAUUGAUCAAUUGCCAGUAAAAACCAGUGAUAUUACUAAUGAAAAACCUAUAUUAUCAAGCGGAACGAGUCCAACAUCUUCGAUGACAGAUGCGGCAAAUGAUGCAGCAUUAAAAGUGCGAAUUCGGCGAGCUAAAACAUCCUGGUAUAUUCCACAGCUGGCAGAGGAACAGCAUAAAACCGACAGUCCGUCAGACGAACAACCAUUACCUGAUCUAAUUAAUUCUUGUAGUAAAAAAAUAACAAAACGAAAAAAACCAUUAGGAGACAAAAGUUCAAUUCCUCCAAAGAAAAAAUUAUGUACAACUGCCGACUUUUUUAGUUCUAAUCGUACGUUAACACCUUCGAUUGUAGCUAGUACAACUCAACCGGCGGCUAAACGCAAGAAACGUAAACCUCGUUUUGUACCAACUAUGGUUAAACCGCCAACGUCCAUAUUUGAUCGUGAACAUCUUCUCAUUGGAGCCUAUGACUAUUGUGAUGAAUUCGAUUUUCGUGUACCUUCAAUAAAAAACAGCACAGAGACAGCAACAAUAACAGCACCACGCUCACCCGAAAUGGUCAUCAUUAAUGUCGAAGGCGGAGUAGAAGCUAGCGAAAUUAGUAAUGGUAUGGGAGAUUCAACAGCUUCCAAUUUACACAAGAAAAACAUUUGUAAGGUUCCGCCAUAUGUACCUGAAACGAGUUCGUUAUCGCCGGUGAAAUCGCCAAUACCAUCGCCCGUCAUUAUUGUUCCAACAUCAAAUGAUAAAACAGCAGUUGUAACAGUUGCUACAUCACUAUCCAAGAAAAAUGACAUUCCCCCUGCUGUUGUCGAUGUCUCAACAUUAACCACUACUACCGGGGAGACACCACCGUCUACGAAAAAAAUUCGUAUUUUAAAUUCAUCGCCAAAACUGAAAACAGCAGCUCAUAAACCGCUGUAUAUUACGAAGUCAUCGCGGACACCCUCAUCGUCGUCAAUUAUAACAAUUCCUCCGAAUAUGACAGCGAAGCGUACACUUUUACCGAAAACGACGUUGGCAGAUAAAAGUAUAAAAAUCGUUUCUACAUCAACAUCAUCGAAUUUAUCCAAUUCUGUGCGAAACAUAACAUUGACUAGUUCAGAUAAAAUGAAACAACCAAUAGGAAUUCAAUGCGAUAAUCCGACGAGAUCAUCAUUAUCGACUAUUGUUGCUACUCCUGCAGCAACUGCUGAUACGACACCGCUAGAUUUAAGCAUGAAACGCUGUUAA